AUGGCUGUGCGCGCGCAAUUCGAGAACUCCAACGAAGUUGGAGUCUUCUCCCGCCUGACCAAUUCCUACGCUAUCGUCGCAGUCGGUGGCUCUGAGAACUUCUACAGUGUCUUUGAGUCUGAGCUGCAGGAUAUUAUCCCCAUCUGCCAUGCCACCAUCGCCGGCACACGUAUCGUCGGUCGGUUAACGGUCGGAAACAAAAACGGCCUCCUCGUGCCAACAACGACAACGGACCAAGAACUCCAACACCUCCGCAACACGCUACCGGACAGCGUAAAAAUCCAACGCAUCGAAGAGCGGCUGUCGGCGCUCGGCAACGUAAUCUGCUGCAACGACCACGUGGCGAUCGUGCACCCGGACCUGGAGCGCGAGACGGAAGAGAUCAUCGCGGAUGUCCUGGGCGUCGAAGUAUUCCGGCAAACGGUAGCCGACAACGUGCUGACGGGCUCGUACAUGGCGCUGUCGAACCAGGGAGGAAUCGUGCAUCCCAAGACCUCGGUGCGGGACCAGGACGAGUUGAGCUCGCUGCUGCAGGUGCCGCUUGUCGCGGGGUCUGUGAAUCGCGGUAGUGCUGUUGUUGGCGCGGGUAUGGUCGUUAAUGACUGGCUUGCGAUUACGGGGCUGGAUACGACGGCGACGGAGUUGAGUGUUGUGGAGAGUGUGUUUAGGUUGGGUGAGAUGGCUCCUGGUGGACAGGGUGCUGGUGUUAAUAAGGAGAGUAUCGUUGAGAGUUUCUAUUAG